UGUGUCCUCAGCAGAUAGAUGGCGGUGUGGCUUCUCGUCCGCAUAGGAUUGCACCGUUAGACUAGUAAAAGAAGAGAAGUAUCUCAUUGGUCGCUGUUGACAGUCGAUCAGCUAAGAUAUGGAAAUUGAACAGUUUGUGUCCAAGACACUUGAGCUUCUGCAGGAGGAGAGAGAAGCUGAAAUCGAAGAGACCAGGGUAUGGCAGGAGAACAGCUCUCUGAAGGACCUCCAAACCAAAGGAGUGUGCCUGCUAAAACUACAGAUAGCCAGUCAGUCAACGGGGCUGUACGGCCGGACACUAGUGGUUCUGGAACCAAGGAAACACAUGGGGGUAUCGGUUCUUCCAAGUAACGGCUUCGGACCGGGGGACAUCGUUGGUUUGUAUGCUGCCGCUGGAUGCAGUGCGAGUUCCCAGAUCGGGACUGGGAUAGUGACCAAGUCGAGUCAGACAUCUGUCACCGUAGCCUUUGAGGACUGUCAAGAGGACUUCAAUGUUGAAACCGACUCGCUGUACAACCUGCUGAAGUUAGCCAACAAUGUCACCUACAAGCGGAUGACACGUGCGUUGAAUACUUUGAACGGGUACAGCAACGGACCAGCUUCAAACUUGAUAAAUGUUCUGUUUGGUUAUUCAGAACCUGGAUCCCAGUCACAGACAAAUGAUCUGGGCUUCUUCAACCAGGAUCUGGAUGAUUCCCAGAGAGAAGCCGUGUCCUUUGCUCUGUCCCAGAGGGACGUGGCUGUGAUCCACGGCCCGCCUGGCACUGGGAAAACCACCACUGUGGUUGAGGUCAUUCUCCAGGCUGUUAAACAAGGGAACAAGGUCCUGUGCUGCGCCCCCUCCAACGUGGCGGUUGAUAACCUGGUGGAGCGGCUGGCCCGCUGUAAGGUGAAGGUCCUCAGGCUGGGCCACCCCGCCCGGCUGCUGGAGUCCAUCCAGAAACACUCUCUGGACGCCGUGCUGGCCAAGAGUGACAACACUAACAUCAUCUCUGAUAUCCGGAAGGACAUGGAUAAGGCUUUCAUGGGGAUGAAGAAGACGCGGAAUAAAGGUGAACGUUUUAGUUUCAAACGAGAGAUCGGGGAGCUGCGGAAAGAGCUCCGAUCCAGGGAAGCAACGGCCAUCGGUCAGGUCCUAAAAAGUGCAGACGUGGUGUUAUCAACCAACACAGGGGCCUCCAACGAUGGGCCCCUUAGACACCUGCCGCCCGGCCACUUUGACUGGGUGGUGAUAGACGAGUGUGCCCAGGCCCUCGAGAGCAGCUGCUGGAUCGCUCUGCUCAACGCACGCAAAUGCAUCCUGGCUGGGGACUACAAGCAGCUCCCCCCCACCAUCAAGUCCCAAACCGCUGCGUCGAAGGGCCUGGCAGUCAGUCUGAUGGAGAGACUGAUCCAGAAGUUUGGGGCCUCCGUGGUUCGCAUGCUGACGGUCCAGUACCGCAUGCACCACCUCAUCAUGGACUGGGCCUCCAGGGAGAUGUACCAGGGGCGUCUGACCGCACACAGCUCAGUGCAGGGCCACCUGCUGAAAGAUCUACCAGGAAUUGCAUGCGUCGAGGAGACCAGCACACCCCUGCUCCUCAUCGACACGGCGGGCUGUGGGCUGAGCGAGAUGGAGGUCACAGAAGAACAGUCCAAGGGCAACCAAGGGGAAGUGGACCUUGUUGAACUACACAUCAUAUGUUUGACGGAGGCUGGACUAAAACCUCAAGACAUCGCCGUCAUUGCUCCAUACAAUUUACAAGUGGAUCUUCUGCGCCAGAGGCUCUCUGGACGGUAUCCAGCCCUGGAGAUCAAGUCUGUGGACGGCUUUCAGGGCAGAGAGAAGGAGGCUGUGGUGUUAACACUAGUCAGGUCCAACCGAAAAGGUGAGGUUGGAUUCCUUGCUGAGGACAGAAGGAUCAACGUGGCGGUGACGCGCGCCCGGCGCCACCUGGCCGUGAUCUGCGACUCCCAGACGGUUCAGAGUCACGCCUUCCUCAAGUCCCUCAUCAGUCACAUGACGGACCACGGCGAGGUCCGCACCGCCUUCGAGUACCUCCAGGACAUCGUGCCGCUGAACUACACUCGCAGCCUGAACGACAGCAAGACCAAGUUCUCUGCUGCCUCGUCAACCAAGCAGAAGGUCAAACUUCAGGCUGCAGGCAAAGAGAACCAAAAGACCCAGACGAAGGCUGCUGGGGGCAGGGUCCCAGAAGACCCGGUGAACCAGAAGCGGCAGCCCACCAAGCCCCGCAUCUUAACCGCAGAAGAGGAGCUGAAGACGCAGACCCGGUCCGCCGAGAUUAGGGAGCAGGUGGAAACUUACCUAAGGGAUCCUUCUCAAGAAGAACUGCGAUUCCCACCGUCGCUCAACUCCCACGACCGCAUGCUGGUGCACCGGAUUUCCGAGGAGCUCGGGCUGGGACACGAGAGCAGAGGAGAGGGUAGAGACCGCUGCAUCACCGUCUCCAGACCUCCUCCUGGGUCCGGGCCGACGCGACCAGAAGAAGAAGAGGAGGAGGAGGAGGAGGAGGAGGAGGAGGAGGAGGAGGAGGAGGAGGAGACGGUAUCGGAGCCACAAGCGGCCACCUCUUCUCAACAACCACCAGGGGAUCUUAAGAGUCUGCACCUGGAGAGGAUGAAGAGGGAGCAGCAGAGACGGGAGGAGGCAGCUCAGCAGAAGAGGCAGGUUCAGGCAGCGAUUGGGAAGCUCCCCACGGCCAAGAAGCCUGCGAAAGGAAAGAGCCGCACCAAAGCCGGGGUCUGUGACAUUGCCGCGGCCGCGGGCGCGGAGGAGGACUUCGACACUCUGAUAUCGGCGGUGCUGAAGGCGGAGAGUGUGUGCAGUCUGGUCAAGUGCAAGGCCUCCGUGCGGCUGCUCGGCCAGCUCUGCCCCUACUGCAACCGACAGUUCUGUCUGGGCCACCACGUACCAGAGGUUCAUGGCUGUGGGGACAAGGCCAAGGCCAACGCUCGCAUGAGGAUCAGCAGGGAAGGCGUUCUGUACGCUGGAAGUGGGAAAAAGGACACUUCUAUGGAUCCCAACAAGAAGGCCUAUCUGCAACGUAAGCUGGACUCAAAACUCAAGGACAUGGAAUCUAAAAGGAAACUCAAAAGCAAAGAGAAAAGUAAUUAGUUAUUCUAGUUUAAAAUGUCAUAAAGAUACAUGUGAGAUAAGAUUUACAAUAUAUAUGAUGGCAGCAGUGAACACAAUCUCUGACUUUGAACACACUAGCAAACAUUAACUGAAGACAUUAACUACAUUGCAAUAAAGCAGUGGUUCUGAAACGGGGGUACUCUGGAGGACUGCAGGGGGUACUAAUUUAAAUAAAUAAAUAAAUAAAUAAAAGCAAACUAUGUAUAUUUGUUUCACCCUGAGCAAGUUUUAAUUUGGAAAGCUAGACAAAAGAAAAUUUAGAAAAUGUGAUGGGAUGUGAUUGGUUGAAACAUAAUUCUGACAAUAAGUAGAAAGGAGAAUCUGUGAGAAAGAAAGCACAUCCAGAAUCAAUAAAAUGUUGUCGGUUUCGGGAGGAAUAUUUUUUUUCUACAUGCUCUGACCCUCCCCUGGCGUUGUGCUUCUUUUGAGGGGAGAAAUUAGCCGAUUAAUUAACAGUUGCAUGAAGCACAGGCCCAUGUUUCUCACUAAAUUGUUAUUAGUUACACCCUUUUAAUGUUUAUGUUGACACUGCGAAAUAGAACGCACAUACAUUAUUUAUGUGUUAUAAUAAUUAUUUAUUAUUUACUACCUGCAGGGAUAACUCGGCUGAAAAAAUCCCUUGACAGUGUUUCACUAGUGUAAAAAGUUUGAGAACCACGGCAAUACAGGCUACUUUUGAAUCCUUCUGUGCUAAUUAUUUACCAUGGUCACCAACAUUACCCAUUUCAAACCAUAAUUUCCAAAAAUGAUGGACAAUUGAUAAAGUUUAACCUAAUUUAUAGGUGUUGAAUUUACAGAGAAGUUGCUCCUUACUUCAAGGUUACCAUUCUAAUAUGAGAUAAUUGUAACCCGGUAGUUAAUUCACUCUCAUCCUAUGUAUAUGGGGCCUCUGGCCUCUACAUCCAUGUGAACAGGGGGACAAUGACUGCGUGUCCUUUUGCUCUUGAAACAUGGCUCUGUCUAUCUUUAGGUGGACAUUGUCAGAAGGCCUCUCAGCAACAGACAAUGUGCCAAGAGGGCAUUGUUGAGAUCCUUUACAUUCUCUGACAUUUCUGUAAACAAACUGGUCAAGAGUUAUGGGCCCCAUUUCAGCAGGACCAGGAGGCUGAAUAGGGGGGAGCAUCCGACUGUGAGUGUGAAGCCAUCGCUGCUGACCCUCUUACCGUCGCGGUAGGCCCCUGGUCAGUUAGAAAUAGGGUCCAAUCACUACUUCUGAGACUCGCAACAAACAAACAAAAAAUCUUUAUUCACAAUAACAAAUGGCAUAAUGGCUAUUAUACAGUGUAUGCAUAUUACAGGAUACAUUUCUAGUUUUUGUAACUUACUUUGAAACCCACAAAGACCUUUCGACAUGUGUAACAAAUUAUUAUGCAUUCUCAUUUAAUGGCUUAUUGGCAUGACAAAAGUAUGUUCAACAAAUGGAACAAAUCCUGACCAAGAUAAUGAUAAUACGACAGUACAUCUCAGAAAAAUAAUGAAGACGAUCAUUAUUAAAUCAACUAUGAAGCAUGCUGAUUUAAUACAAAUAUUUUGUAUAUAAAUAAAAAUGUCCAUCCAUUGUUAUGCUGCAUUCAUCCUCUGAGAAUGGAGUCUUUGAGAAACGGAGGUAGUUUUGGUUUGAAACAUACAUUGUUGGUUGUUCUUGCAAGCAUGUUAUGUUAAAUGUGUAUUAUAUAAAUAUCAACGCCCCAAGAAAUCAGGGCAGUCAUAAUAAAAUCAACAACUCUUAAUAUUUUACAUCUAUCCAUGCUGAAAUGAGCUUAAUAUCGACCAUUCGAUUAUCAGACUGGAUUGCAUCUUACAUCCAUUCAAGGACUUCUAGGCGAUAAUAGCUUUCUGAAGAACGUCUCUGUUCUGUGAAAUAAAGUCAAUAAAUGGUUUGGAUACAGAAAAUCAUAACUGCCUGCAAUCCCACAUCGUGUU